UCCUGUAAAGCGCAAGAAUCCCAGCAUGCUGGAUUGGACUGACGUCUCCUACUGCUGCCUACAGAUGGACACUCUCUACAUCUCUGCCCACCCUGAUGAUUUCAGGAGUUUGUUGCCGUGGAUCGCUGCUGAGUACUGCCGAUCUCCUCCCCGAAUAGUGCAAGAGGACCCUCCGGCUGAGAUUGCCCGGUCUCGUCCUGCACUGGUCUUGGCUGGUUCGGGGAAUGCAGUGCUCACUGGUGCCAGUGCUGUGAGCUGGUACCUGGCAGCGGUGGGUAAACGGACAGGCAGUGAUAAGAAGCAGGAGAGUCAGGUGUGGCAGUGGCUGAGCUUUGCUGAAAAUGAGUUGACGCCUGUGGCCUGCGCUGUGGCAUUCCCUCUGCUGGGUGUGAUGGCAGUUGACAAAAAGCUUCAGCAGAGUUCCAGAGCAGAGCUGCUGCGUGUUUUGAAAGCUCUAGAUGAGGCUCUACAGCCACGGACAUUCCUGGUUGGGGAGAGUGUGACGCUGGCAGAUAUGGCUGUUGCUAUGGCAGCUUUGCUGCCAUUUAAAUAUGCCCUGGAGCCUGCAGACAGGAAGUCAUUGGUGAAUGUGACCAGAUGGUUUAAUACCUGUGUGAACCAGCCACAGUUCUUGAAUGUGUUGGGUAAUAUCUCACUGUGUGAGAAAAUGGUGCCAGUCACACCUAAACCAAGUACUGCCACCAACUCUAUGGCAGCUGCUUCCUCCAACACUGUUACACCCAACAGUGCACCUGCAAAUGGUCCUCCCAAGACGGAGGCUCAGCUGAAGAAAGAAGCCAAGAAGCGUGAAAAGAUGGAGAAGUUUCAACAGAAGAAGGAGAUGGAAGUGAAAAAGAAGAUGCAGCCUCAGACAGAGAAAAAAGUCAAACCCGAGAAGAAGGAACUUGGUGUGAUCACUUAUGACAUCCCCACUUCACCUGGAGAAAAGAAAGAUGUCCUGAGUCCUCUGCCUGACUCAUAUAGUCCUCAGUACGUGGAAGCAGCCUGGUACCCCUGGUGGGAGAAACAGGGAUUUUUUAAGCCUGAAUAUGGGAGGAAGAAUGUAAGUGAGCCAAACCAGCGUGGAGUGUUCAUGAUGUGUAUCCCACCGCCAAAUGUGACCGGAUCCCUUCAUCUUGGCCACGCCUUAACCAAUGCUAUUCAGGACUCCCUGACCAGAUGGCACAGAAUGAGAGGUGAGACAACACUGUGGAAUCCUGGCUGUGAUCACGCUGGUAUUGCCACACAGGUGGUGGUGGAGAAGAAACUGAUGAGGGAGAGAAAGAUGACCAGACAUGACCUUGGUAGAGAGAACUUCAUCGAGGAGGUCUGGAGGUGGAAGAAUGAAAAGGGAGAUCGCAUCUACCAUCAGCUGAGAAAGCUAGGCUCCACUCUUGACUGGGACCGAGCUUGUUUUACCAUGGAUACUAAACUGUCAUUUGCGGUCCAGGAGGCAUUUAUACAAAUGCAUGAGGAGGGUGUGAUUUACAGGAGCAAGAGGCUGGUCAACUGGUCCUGCACACUCAACUCUGCUAUCUCUGACAUAGAGGUGGAUAAAAAAGAGCUGACAGGUCGUACUCUUCUACCUGUGCCGGGUUACAAAGAGAAGAUUGAGUUUGGAGUACUUGUGUCCUUCUCAUAUAAGAUUGAAGGAUCAGAUGAGGAGGUCGUGGUGGCAACCACACGUAUUGAGACCAUGCUUGGAGACACAGCUGUGGCUGUCCACCCUAAUGACACCAGAUAUCAGCACCUUAAAGGCAAGAUGGUCGUUCACCCAUUCUGUGACAGAAAGAUGCCCAUCGUGUUUGAUGACUUCGUGGACAUGAACUUUGGAACAGGUGCGGUGAAAAUUACUCCUGCUCAUGAUCAUAAUGAUUAUGAGGUGGGAGAGAGACACAAGCUGCCCUUCAUCAACAUCCUGGAUGACAACGGCCUCCUCGUCAAUGUCCCUUCUCCAUUUCUGGGCAUGAAGCGUUUUGAGGCAAGGAAAGCUGUGCUUCAGGCUCUCAAAGACAGAGGCCAGUUUAAAGAGAUCAAAGACAAUCCUAUGGUGGUGCCAGUCUGCAGCCGUUCUAAGGACAUAGUGGAGCCUCUGCUGAAGCCCCAGUGGUACGUGGACUGCAGAGAAAUGGGAAAGCAGGCUGCAGACGUUGUCCGAAACGGAGAACUCAAGAUUAUCCCUGACCACCACCUCAAAACCUGGUUCAACUGGAUGGACAACAUCAGGGACUGGUGCAUCUCUCGACAGUUGUGGUGGGGUCACAGGAUACCAGCGUACUUUGUAACUGUGAACGAUUCUUCUGUCAAACCAGGCGAGGAUGUGGAUGGACAUUAUUGGGUCAGCGGCAGAUCAGAGGAAGAGGCCAGAGAAAAUGCUGCCAAACGUUUCAAAGUGACUGUAGACAAAAUCUCUCUUCGGCAGGAUGAAGAUGUGUUGGACACUUGGUUUUCCUCAGGGAUCUUCCCCUUCUCAAUCUUUGGCUGGCCAAACAAGUCAGAGGACCUGCAAGUGUUCUACCCAGGCACGCUGCUAGAGACGGGGCAUGAUAUCCUGUUCUUCUGGGUGGCUCGUAUGGUCAUGAUGGGUCUCAAACUCACUGGAAAACUCCCUUUCAAAGAGGUGUACCUGCAUGCAGUGGUGCGAGAUGCCCAUGGCAGAAAAAUGAGUAAGUCUCUUGGUAAUGUCAUCGACCCUCUGGAUGUCAUCACUGGCAUAUCACUGGAGGGUCUUCAUGAUCAGCUAACUGACAGUAAUCUUGACCCUCUGGAGAUUGAAAAGGCCAAAGAGGGACAGAAAUUUGACUAUCCUAAUGGAAUUCCAGAAUGUGGCACAGAUGCUCUCAGGUUUGCUCUGUGUGCCUACACCAGUCAAGGCCGAGACAUUAAUCUGGAUGUGAACAGGAUUCUAGGAUACAGGCAUUUCUGUAACAAGCUGUGGAAUGCAGUCAAGUUUGCGAUGAGGACUCUGGGAGAGGGAUUUGUGCCAUGGGAGAAAGCUCAGCUGUGUGGCAGUGAGAGUGUGUCUGAUCGCUGGAUUCUGUCCCGGCUAAGUGCUGCAGUAUCUCAGUGUGAUAAUAGAUUCCAGGCCUACGAUUUCCCAGCAAUUACCACUGCCAUCUACAAUUUCUGGCUCUACGAGCUCUGUGAUGUCUAUCUGGAAAGUGUGAAGCCGGUGUUAAGUAAGACUGGAUCAGAGGGACAAGAGGCGGCAGACAUCUGCAGACAAACACUCUACACCUGUCUGGAGGUGGGACUUCGCCUCCUGUCUCCCUUCAUGCCUUUUGUUACCGAGGAGCUCUUCCAGCGGUUGCCGCGAAGACGGCCUCAGGACAGCCCCCCCAGCAUCUGUGUCACACCCUAUCCAGACACUUCAGAGUUCUGUUGGCACAGUGAGGAGGUCGACCGUCAGAUGGAGUUUGUGAUGUCUGUGGUCAAAACCAUCCGAUCACUCAGGGCAGAUUACAACCUGACCAAGACCCGUGCUGACUGUUAUCUGCAAUGCAUAGACUCUGAUACUGUUGCUCUUGUCCAGAAAUACAGUCUGCAGAUCCAGACACUGUCAUACUCUCAGGUUAUUCACCCGGUCACAGGGGGUGACAGCGCUGUCCCACAGGGCUGUGCGGUGGCCAUUGUCUCAGACAAAUGCUCUGUCCACCUCAUGCUGAAGGGUUUGAUUGACUUAGAAAAAGAGGUCACCAAACUAUUGGCAAAGAAAGGAGAGCUGGAAAAACAGAUGGAGAAACUGAAAGAGAAGAUGGCCAAAAAUGACUACAAGGAGAAAGUUCCUGGUAAAGUGCAAGAGGCAGAUGUUGAGAAGAUGAGGCAGAAUGAGACCGAACUGCAGAAAGUGAAGGAAGCCAUAGAGAACUUCAGCAAGAUGAUGUAACAACUCCCCCUUUCAUCAUGUCCCUUUUCUUUAAAUUACAAACUUUUACAUUCAGGUCCUUUAGUUCCCUUUAUAUGUUUUUCAUGUGUCAGUCCUGCCUUCUUAAUAACAAUGUGGGGAAUCUUGAAUUAAAUAUAAACCUCUGAUUUAAUGGCAUUGACUUUUUUCAUUUUUGUAAUUUAAUAUAAAAUUGCAUUGAUAUUGAAGAAAAUAUUGGCUGCUUAAAGGGUUAUUCACCCACAAAUUAAAAUUCUCUCAUCAUUUAUGUC